AUGGUGGCUGUUGUGGAGCUUUGCGGUGGUGGUGUGGAGGAUGAAAUGACAGUAGGUGGUGGGGGCGUAAAGAAAUUGAGAGGUAUGGAUGAUGAUAAUGAAAAAGGCAGGAAGAACCAGACAUAUAAGAAUUGGGAGAUGUACGUUAACGCGUUGGAGCAUAUAUUUGGCCAUUGCUGUAUUUUUGCUGCCUCAUUUGGAAAAUUCGCUUCCUCCAUUCAAUCUCUCUCUCUGGAUAAUCUGCCUCCUUGCCAUUCUUGGGAGUUCCAAACUUCCAAUCCAGCAACCCUUCACUUGAAGACAUAUUAUUUAGACAUCUCACGAGCAAGUCCGAUAAAUGUGGAAGAGUUCUUUUUAGGAUUUCUAAAGGUGGAUGAUACAUCAGGGCAAGGGCUUUUUGAUGAACUUGUAGAUGCUUUGAAAGCUCUUGAACUUGAUAUUGGUGACGUAAGAGGACAAUGGUAUGAUAAUGGUUCUAAUAUGAAAGGGAAACACAAAGGUGUACAAAAAAUAUUACUAGAUAUAAAUCCUAAAGUAUCCUAUACGCUGUGUGGUUGUCAAUAUCUUAAUCUUGCACUUUGUGAUAUGGCAAACUUUUGUUGUAAAGAAUUAUCUUUUUUUGGAGUUGUGCAAUGCAUGUAUUCAUUGUUUUCAUCUUCCACAAAGCGAUGGAAAGUUCUCACAGACAAUAUUAAAGGUUUUAUACUUAAGCCAUCAUCCCAAACACGUUGGGAAGGUCAACUAGAAAGUGUUAAAGUAAUAAGAUUUCAAACUCCAGAUAUAAGAAAUGCUUUAAUUCACUUAGCAAAUACCAGUGAAGAUCCCAAGACAAAAAGUGAUGCUGAGUGCUUAGCUACAUAUGAAAUUGAGAAUUUUGAGUUCUUACUUGGCAUGGUUAUUUGGUUUGAUAUAUUGAAUGCUAUUAACAAAGUAAGCAAAAUCAUAGAAAAUGGGUUUAAAUCUGCUAUGAUUGAGGCUAAAGAGAUCGCAACUGAAAGGGAAGUUGAACCAUUAUUCCGUGAAAGACAUGUCAUUCGUAGAAAGAAACAAUUUGACAAGAGUGCUAAUGAAGAGAUGACACAAUCGGCCGAAGAAUCGUUUAAAGUUAAUUACUUUAUAUACAUAGUUGAUCAAGCUCUUUCUUCACUAAAGAGUAGAUUUGAACAAUUUCAACAAUAUGAUGACUCUUUUGGAUUUUUGUUUAAUUUGGAGAGGUUGAAGUCUCUAAAUAAUGAUAGUUUAAAGUAUUCAUGUCAUAACCUUGAAAAUAUUCUAAAACAUGACAUGGUUUCUGAUAUUGAUGGGACUGAAUUAUCUUUAGAGCUACAAGUCUUAAGAGAAGCUUUACCAAAAGAAACAAAAAAGGCAAUUGAAAUUGCAUAUAGAGUAUUAUUGACUAUCCCAGUUACAGUUGCAUCUGCUGAAAGAAACUUUUCAAAGUUGAAGUUAAUCAAAUCUUACCUGCGGUCGACGAUGACACAAGAGAGAUUGAAUGGAUUGGCUAUCUUAUCUAUUGAAAAAGAUGUAUUAGAGAAAGUUGAUUUGAGCACUUUAAUUGAUGAUUUUGCAGCUCAAAAUGCAAGACGGUCACAUUUACUUUGA